AAUCCGUGUUGGUAUAUUUAUCCAGACUUCCACAUUAGAAGAAGAGGCAUACCCAGCUUUAAAUGAGUUAUCAACUAAAACCAGUAUGCAUAAUCUCAAACACGUGAGAAUCAUAAAAGGUCGUUUGGUUGCUUGGUCUGGGCGUGUGCAAAAGGUGAGGGAUGAAUUUGAACAUCUACUGGAUGACGACUUAGAUAUGGUUCGAAUGUACUUGACUGAUAAGCUUGCCACCUUGCAAUCUGAAGGUUUAGAAGAUGAACUAGGGAAUGAUGCAAAUGCAUUUAAAUCGGGCAAUGAUAGUGAUGAGGAUGUGAGCAGCAAAAGCAGUACUAUAGAUGUAAGUGAUCUCAAACCAAAUGUUGAAGAGUUGGAAAUGCUAUUGGGAGCCUACUUUGUGCAAAUAGAAGGAAUAUUAAACAAACUAUCAACGCUACGCGAAUACAUCCACAACAUAGAGGACUACAUCAACAUCGUAUUGGAUGACAAACAGAAUCAACUCCUGCGAAUGGGCGUAAUUAUUUCUACAGCAACUCUGAUGAUGCACUCAGGGAUCGUGGCUUCAGGUUACUUUGGCAUGAACAUCGACAUUUCUAUCACUGAUUCCGCAACCCUUGGACAGUGGUCUGGGAUUGUUGGAGGUAUAACUGUUUUUCCAAUUAUUUUAUUUGCCAUAGCCAUGUUGCUGUUCAAGUGGUUAAAGCUUCUUGGCUGAGGACUAACUAACUUCUCACGAGAGGUUAGAUAUAACAAUAUUUGCUACAAAUAUAUCAUUAUCUAUCUCCAAGUUAGAUACAAUUAAAAAAUCUUUGGAUCUAGUGUAUCAUAUAAGAGGGUAUGUUUAAUGACAUAUGGGAAGUCUAUGGUGUGUUUUGAAUUUUUUUUUCCUUCUCUGUACUAAGGUCAUGUAUGUAAAAGGAUAUCACACUCAUAACUAAAAUAUAUAAUUAUAUUGUGUAUUCUUUUGAGCUUUUU